UCUCUCCGUAAACCUGCAUGAAAUCCACACACUCUCCUGGUCGCCCAUCACGCUUGUAUUUUCUCUGGCACAUUUAACGCUAUCCCACCCUUCUCUGCCAUUUCUUGAGCAGCGAUGUCUGGUUACCAUCCCUACAAACAGGGAGAAUCGACCAAAUCCCCCGGACAGGCCAAUAGCUACACGUCUGGGGACGACGCAGUCGCAAUAUCCCAAGGAAGACCCCACAGCAAGGCCAACAAGCGUAUAAGGGGUGAAAUUGCCUGUGCAGAAUGUCGUCGCCUGAAAAUUCGAUGCGAUAGGAUGGUGCCGUGUUCAACAUGCGUCAAGCGAGGCUGCGCGUCCUUAUGCCCGAAUGGGACGGUACCUCCGGGGCAGGGCAGCAGAUUUGUCUUGGCUGCGACCGAACAUCUCCAAAACACACUGAAGAAAUUGGAAGACCGUAUGCACUCGCUGGAAGAUGCUAUAGCUAUCGUCUAUAGUGCCACUUCGGACAGCCCUCACCCACUUCUGGUGAAAUGCAAGGACGAGGAAGUCGAAGAAGAACCAUCAAACUUGAAUAGUGUGAAAGAGGAGGCGGAAGAAAUGGACGAAGAUUCCCCGGUGCCGUUGGAUGCUCUUGGAACGCUCUACAUUGACCAGGAUGGCUGGAACCGUUUCUUUGGGCCAUCUGGAGGGUCAGAGAAGCAAAAUCCUCAAGCCUCUUCUCUUCCCGAACUCGACGCGUCCUAUCUGUCUCCGCAGAUAAAUAUGUCUUGUCGAUCAUUCCCCUUCACUCCACAAAUGCUCCCUAUAGCCAGCACACAGGCUUCUAUAGAAUCGUUCUUACCGCCCAUCGAGCGCGCCCUGGAGCUUGCCGAUAUCUUUCUGGAACACUUGUCAUGGAUGUUCCAGAUCGUCUCCGCUCAGCAAAUAAAAGAGUUGAUCUACAUCGUAUAUAAACACAAGGAUAUCGAGUAUGUGCCGCACGAUUUAGCAUUGAUGCUGAGCGUCCUUGGUAUUGGGGCCCUGGUGGAUUUAAAACUACCUCCUUAUAAUCUUGAAGCUCAACAUUACGAUAAGCUAGCACAGGCAGCGCUGGCGUUGCAACCUGUGUUGCCAGAACAAUCUAUCGUUACUAUCAAGGUAUUGCAUUUAAUGAGUAUAUAUAAUGGCAUGAGCGGUAAAGAGAGCAACCUGGAGCGAUCAUAUGCGUUGCUCUGUCUUGCAUCUCAGGUUGCGUUGAGGGUGGAUAUCGAUCCUUCUAUGUGGGGUUUUGAAGGCAAAGAGGCCUACGACCGGCGUGUGUAUUUCUGGAACCUCGUCGCUGGUAGUCUUUGGCAGUGCUUGGUGACGGGACGUCCGCCCGUCAUUUUGUCUGGAUUCAUAGAUUGUAAGAUUCCUACUGCCGAGGAAGAGAGUAACUUUCAACAAGGGGAGGUUCCUUUGGGUUUCGGCAUUUGGGGCUUCAAAGCGAGUCGCGAAUGCCUUGUCCAUGUCGUAAAGGCCAGUCUGGCUGUAAAACCCCCGUCGUAUGAGAGCAUACUCGAGCUAGACCAAAGAAUACGGGAAUUUGCUUCACCCCGUUCGUCCGAUAACAUGUCGGAAGACUCCACGCCCUUGUCAAUGAAAAUGUUUGUACGUUCUCAUUAUAAGGAGCUAAUGCUUCUCUUCCUCCAUCGAGCCUUUUUCACGCAAGCAAUGACCGAAAAUCCCACGAAUCCUUUGUUAAGCCCUCAUGCGAAAUCGGUAAUUGCCGCUUAUCAGAGUGCUUGUGUCGUUCUGCAGGACACGCGCAUACAGUUUAUGAAAAAGCCAUUACUAUGCGCUAGAGUGUGGAGAAUAUGGUCUUUUGCGUUUACAGCAGCGGUGGUGGUUGGAACUGUUGCGAUCCGAGGCGCUCAUAUGAACCUCGAGCCUACUGCCCUGGAAGAAUUCGAGGCAUCAUGCACGAUGUUCAGGAGCGCUGCUGACACGAGCCCUCGUGCUGCACGUGCACUGCCUGUCCUGGAGCCAAUGCUGCAGAAAGCCCGCCAGACUCGACGUGACUCCGGCGUGCUUCGUUUCUCUGAUUCAAGUGCUGAAGAUGAUAUCUCGAUAUUUGCUGGGCGACCGACGGUGAUACAACCCACCGAGACGGAUCCUCAGGGUCUCUCAGUCCCACCCAAACGAUCCCACUCGGAUCCACCAUACCUACCUUCUCACACCCAAAGACCCCUCCAUACUACCGUCAACCUACCACCACUGAUUACACCCAUGUCCGAAUCAGGACACCUCCCACCGUCUCUGCAGACACUGCUGCAUCACCCGGAACACCCGACGACGUUUGCUGACUUGUCAGCUGGAUGGGACGGUUUGUUCCACGAAAUGCCCGGUCCUCAGGCCUUGUUGUAUAACACGUCAACUUCAACUUCACAGACGGAUUAUCCAACUCUCAAUAUGAAUGAACCGGCAAUGCUCGAUGACCGAUGGUCGUAUUUCAUGCAUAAUUAUGGGAUUUUGGAUGACCCUCGGUAAGGGUAGGGUGGAUUUUGGAUUUGAAUUAUUUGUUUUCUUUGACAGCUUUGUUUCUUGUGUAUUAUACAUGGCGUCUAGGGCCAUCGACACAUGUUGUAUCGUUUUUCUUCCUUUGUCCCUGAACUCACCUUUUUAGCCUACGGUAUUGUAGCAGUUCCUCAUUAAUAGAACUGACGUAUGAAAUGCGAUUUU